CGACCAUCAAAGUCAUUGUUUUCUGAUUCACACAAAAACAUCAAAAUGUCACCAUCACGGGCAGAAGACAUGGAAGACGAUGACCCAGUCAUUGCAGAAUACAACGUCUUCAUCACACCACGUCAACUCGAACAAAUCUACCUCCUCCAAUACCCCAACCGCAACCGCAGUCAAGCCUACAACGACCGCAAUGGCGCCCGUCCCGUAGACUUCCGUCUAAAACCUCAAGCCGGCUUUAUGGAAAUGGACAUCGGCAUGAACCCCAGUGCGAAUUUCAACAAAUUUCAAAGUCUGGUUUGGGGUGAUGCGAUUAGAAAGUCAAAGGUUGGGGGUGGGAGUGCGACGUUUGGUGCUGCUGCUGGGUUUGCGCCGACGAAAGGUGGCAAGGGGAGGGCUAAGCAGGAGGGUGGGGAGAUGAGUGUUGAUCAGGGAUUGGCUAGAUUCCAGGAAGCUGUCAACAGGGAUGCGGUUUUUCAAAAGCAGACUCUGGGAGGUCAGAUCCUGCAGGAUGAAGCGGGUAACCCGAACUACAUGUUGGGCGCUUUCCGCGGUGACGAACUCCACCUAACAAAAGUCGACGGCGUGGUCCAAAUGCGCCCUCAAUUCCACCACGUCGACGCAAUAACCCACGCAGAAACCGCCGCCCGCCGCACGGAAGCCGCAGAAGGCACAUCAGGCUCCGGUCCCGGCACAACAACAGCAGCAGCAAAACAACCACAAGCCCUCGCACUCGCCCAAACCUACAAGGAUAACCGCGAUGUCGAAAACCUGGAAGCUUUACGAGCCAAGAACUUGCUGCUCAUUGCCGCAGAGGAGAAAUGGACGAGAUUGGAGUAUUUUGAUGAAGACGAAGAAGCUUCUUACUCGACUUAUCAUACACGACUUUUUCAUUCUGAUUCUUCUUCGGCAGCACUGCUGAAAUCUCAGAUGAAGAAUGAAGAAUAUCUGGAUGCCAUCUCAGCACCUAGAGUGGAUCCUUCAGGCAGAAAGAAGAAGAGGCCAUUGACUAAGAAACAGAUGGAGAGAAUCGAAGCUGCAGAGGAUGACGUAGAAGGUGCUGGGGAAAUGGGUGGAGAAGUUGAAGUUGAGAUGAGCUGAAUGCAAUACUAGAGAGAUGAAGCACCUCAGCCAUGAAUGGCACACGAAUCCUCAGCUGUAGAACUGCAGAAACAGAUCCAGAGAAUUUGAUCAUCUCGCUGAGAAUAUCCUGGCUCCUGCGUCUCAAUGGUCACUCACAUUCCUGAUUGUGAAAAAUAUCUUGCCUUUUCACAGCUGAUCUUGUUUGAUCCACCGGUGAUGAGAGACGUAGAGCACAUGCAGAACAACAGGGCUCACCGACAAUUACCAGCUCUCCUGUCUUUGGCCCAUAAGGUCG